UUCUGCUGUUCUGCGCCACACCAAGACACAGGUGCGCGAUGCCUUCCUCUCCUUCGUCGUCGUCCUCCUCGUCCUCCCUCUACAUCAUCGGCGCCUCCUUGCCCCUCCGUGUCGAUCCCAUCCGCGCGCGCGCCCCGGACGCCGCCCUCGACGGCGGCGACACCGACGACGACGCCAGCGGCGGCGGCGCGCUCUCGAGGCCCGUGGCCGAGCGCUUCGCGUCCUCCUUCAGGACCCAGGAGUCCCUCGACGCCCUGUGCAGGAAGUACGGCGUCCCGGGGGAGUUCUCGGCGAUCCUCCCCGCCGGCCACCACCGCGCGUGCUCGCCGCCGCCCCCGGGGGCCGUGUGCGUGUACGCGCACGCGCUGGAGGCCGGGAUGCGCGUCCCGCUCCACGGCUUCUUCUGCGAGGCGCUCGCACACUUCGGCGUCGCGCCGAGCCAGGUCGCUCCCAACGGGUGGCGCGUCAUGGCCGCCUUCGUCGUCCUCUCCCACUUCGCCGGCGUGCCGCCGUCGCUCGCGGUGUUCCGGCACUUCUUCUCGCUGUGCGCGCACAAGCUCAGGGGGUGGUACUGGUUCCGGGGCAAGGACUCCGCCGGCACGCUCUUCAAGGGAUUGCCUCUUUCCCUGAAGGGGUGGAAGGAGGAGUUCUUCUUCCUCAGGUCGCCGACGCCGUGGCCGUGCCCCGUGAAGUGGGGCGAGCCGUCGAAGAACUCCACCGCCGAGCCGGUGCUUACCAGAGAGGAGAAGACCGUGGCUGACAAGCUGCUGCGUGCUCACGGCGCGGCGGUCGAUCUCAAGACGUAUCUUUCCGAGAGCAAUCUUGCCGCUGCAAUGAUCACUGGCUCACGGCCGCCGCCGCCGGCGGCGGCGGCGCCUUCUCCUCGUACUGCUAGUGCUAGUAGUGCUAAAGGGAUGGAUCCAUCGGUGUACGACAUGAUGAUGAGUCUGCGGGCGGCGAAGGCGGCGCAGGCGUCGGGGGAGAAGGUGACCGUGAAGAGCGAGCCCGGCAGCGACACGCCGUUGUCCGGGAAGAAGAGGAAGCUGGCGGAGGACGCCACGAAGCAGGGGCCGUCUCGCCAUGAGCCGGGCACGCCGCUUGACCAUGCCCACGGCGGCUCGUUGUCCGGCACGCCUUCCCCGGCGCCGCCGGGCUUCUCCAUCCAGAAGCCAUCAUCGAAGAGGAGCGUCCGUGAACAUGAUCCGGAGCCACGGCACGUGCCUGACUUACCUGACGACGGCGACACCGCCGGCUGGGAGGCCGCACGGCAGAUGCUGCAGAGCAUCGUCGCGCCGUCGCGGGAGCAGGCGUUCUCGGCGGCGAGGCCCUCCGAUGUCAUCCAAUCAAGCUACGUCACAAUGCUCCAGGCGGCGAACUGCGUGUCGUUCUCGCUGGGCUACGCGCUGGAGCUCGAGGAGAAGCUGGCGGCGCGGGAGCGCGAGGCGGAGGCGCUGCGGCGGGAGCUGGCGCAGGCGAAGGCGAAGGCCGAGCACGCCGAGGCGGAGAAGGCGAGCGCAGAGGAGGCGAGGAGCGCCGGGGCGGCGGAGCACGUGCUCCGGCUGGCCGAGCACGCGCUGGCCGGGUACGAGCGCGGCAUGGAGGACAUGAAGCGCGCCGCGCUGCGCCGGUACCCGCACCUCGACCCGGAGCAGCUCGUCGUGCCGCCAGACGGCGGCGGACCGCGGUAGCGCGUGGCGUCGGGUUGAUGCCACCGGCGUGAAACCCUCUACUGAUGUUCUUUUGCGAGGUGCUGUCAAGUGUCAACAAUGCUCAGGUCGGAUGGUUUUUUCGGCGUGCCGUUCGCUAAUCCGUAACAAUGCGCGCAUGGGUAGAUUAGAUGGAUCAGAUGUUAUCUAGGCAAAACAUUGCAGCAGUGAUCGGACCAUAUAUUUUGGCUAAUCUUAGUGGACUCCUAUGUAGUGGCAUUCUUUUUCAUCGAAUCCUGGAUCUUACUCCUCGCUUUUCGAAGUUCGCUAGGUAUCCUCAAGUCUAGUUUAACACUAAUGCAAACGCAUUACUCCAUGAGUUCAAUGGA